GUGACGUACCGCUUCCUCUCGCGCUCGGCGUCUGGAAGGUGGCUCCCACGCGGGGUCAACAUGAGGAUCGAGAAAUGUUAUUUCUGUUCCGGGCCGAUCUACCCUGGCCACGGUAUGAUGUUCGUCCGCAACGACUGCAAGGUGUUCCGAUUCUGCAAAUCCAAGUGUCAUAAAAACUUCAAGAAGAAGCGGAACCCACGCAAGGUCAGGUGGACUAAAGCCUUCCGGAAAGCAGCUGGCAAAGAGCUCACGGUGGACAACUCAUUUGAAUUUGAAAAACGUAGAAAUGAACCUGUGAAAUACCAGCGAGAGCUAUGGAAUAAAACCAUUGAUGCAAUGAAGAGAGUUGAAGAGAUCAAGCAGAAACGCCAGGCUAAGUUUAUAAUGAACAGGUUGAAGAAAAACAAAGAGCUGCAGAAGGCUCAGGAUGUCAGAGAGGUCAAGCAGAACAUCCAUCUCAUCCGGGCUCCUCUUGCAGGCAAAGGAAAGCAGCUGGAGGAGAAAAUGGUACAGCAAUUACAGGAGGAUGUGGACAUGGAGGAUGCUUCCUAAUGGUGCUGCCUGCAGCCAGCCCCAUGCACACUGGAAACCAGUGGAGACUGUGGGUUCCUAAGUUAUUGAUUGGUUACAUAAGGUCCCUCACACAAAGGUCGUUCCCGUCCUUCCCUCAUAAGCUGCAGCUUGGAAAAGCAUCCCUUUGUGGAUGUGAGGUCUCAGCUCAGCAUUCUGCUUCACUGUGCUGUGCUCACACAAACACAAAUGUUUGUGUGUGGAUUAAGGUGUGAACUGUGGGUAUGACAUGGUUGAGUGGUUCAUAAUGACACCAGGCAACAUUUCUGUACUGAUUAUCUCGAUAGCGUGGAAUUUGUAAUGAUGUAAUAUUCUUCUUGCACUAGGAUAGUCUGUUGGUUUGGGUUAUUGGAGUGGAGAUCACACAAGGAACUAUUCUCUUGACAACCCCAGUCUCUUUUGUUUUGGUCUAGUCUGUUCAGUAGGUUCGUAGAAUUGCAUAAUGGCUGCAUGUAAUGCAGGUGCUUUAUGUUGGGCCGCGUGACCUGCUUCAGCCAUUCUAGUCGGCACCUGUGGUGUUGGGGGUGGGAGGCGUGAAUAAACUUUGCCUGAAUGGCACCUUAAUUUUGCUUUGGAGAAUGUUCAGUACAAAUCUUGACUUCUGUCCCAGCAGACCCCUCUCUCCCUCCAGCCCAGCAGUGGUCUAGAAGCAGAAGAAUCCUGUUGCCUUUCAGAAUGUAUUGUGUGGUUUUCUUUGUUUGUUUGUUUGAGACAGGGUCUCUCUGUAACUCUGACUGUUUUGAAAUUCACUAUGUAGACUAGGCUGCCUUGAACUCCCGGAGAUCCACCUGCCUCUGCUUCUGCCUCCUGAGUGCUGGGAUUAAAGGAAGUGUAUCAUCAUAACACCCAGCAUUUUUAAUUUUCUUUAAAAAUUCAACCAAACAAAAAGAAACUCUUGUUUUUGGAAAAUAGAAUUUAUGGGUAGAAUGCUGCCUCUUAUUUGUAUGUAAAUAAAAUCCUUUCUAAAGUAAA